CGAUGAGAACGAAGCAGGGCUAAACAUAGACUUGGAUAAUCUUAGCAGAAGUCUGCAAACAGCAGAUAUACGACCAUUCGACAUUCGGAGACGCUCGUGUCGACUUGGUAUACACAAUCACAACUGCGCCCUGCUCGAUCUGGAGCGUCUCAAGGCUGCUGAAGAAUACCUGAAAUCAGGAGACAGCCCUGGCAAAAGGGACAGCCAGCAGACCGAUGAUGAAGAUGACUUGCUGCCACAAGAGGACAUUGGAUCUUUCGAGGUAACACAGGGUCUGGAUGACCAGAAGCAAGCGCUGUUAAACCUGAAGCAACUAUUGAAGGAACUGAAACCAUAUACUGAGAACAUACCAACUAUAAAGAAGGACUGCAGGUUUCGACUGGGCGGGCACUGCCUCACAGAAUCGCUAGACCGAGCAGCCAAUCAGUAUUACUAUCUCAAAUCUCCGAACUCUCCCGGAAGACGACGUCGAGAUGUUUCAUCAACGUCCAGUCAGGAAUAA